CUUCUUCUGUCUUCUUUUACGCGUCUGCAAUUUCUCCGUCGGUCGCGCCCUCCUCCCGCCGCCGCCGCCGCAGUCAACCUCCGCCUUAUCUCCCUCUCUCGUUCGGUUAUGCUUGUAUUUAUUAUGUUGUAGUGGCAGAUUCAUAUUUAUAUCUAAAGAUUUGCUCUUCUUGUUCGCGCCUUCCUCGAACCCUAGCUUGCAGAUCCGUUGCUGAUUCUUUUGUUAAUUUUGUUUUUCCUCUGCCAGUGGCGAGGAAAAUUGAUUGAAUCGGAGGAAUGUCGGCAAUGAAGGCAACGGGCCGGUUCUUCACGAUCGGGCUCGUGGCGGCUUGGUACUCCUCCAACAUUGGGGUUUUGCUGCUGAACAAGUACUUGCUCAGCAAUUAUGGAUUCAAAUACCCGAUCUUUCUAACCAUGUGUCACAUGACGGCCUGCUCUCUGCUUAGCUACAUUGCCAUUGCCUGGAUGAAGAUGGUCCCGAUGCAGACUAUAAGAUCUAGGGUUCAGUUCUUGAAGAUCUCUGCCUUGAGCCUUGUCUUUUGUGCUUCUGUGGUCAGCGGAAACAUCUCUCUCCGGUACUUGCCGGUUUCCUUUAACCAGGCAAUCGGAGCCACCACGCCCUUCUUCACAGCCGUGUUUGCCUAUUUGAUUACUCUGAAAAGAGAGGCUUGGUUGACUUACAUUACUCUUAUCCCUGUUGUUACAGGCGUGGUCAUAGCUAGUGGGGUAUGUUUUUUUUGUUUUGUUUCGUCUCCUAUUUUUAGCUGAAUUCUUCCAAUCUCUCUAGCUUUGUGCAUUCUUCGUUAAUUUGUUAUUGCAAUUUCCAUAGAUAUGAAAGAUAACAUCUUUUAGAGGCAUGUUUUUGGAGCUACCAUUAUUUCCUUAGCCAUAAGAACAGCUGUUACUAAACUGCUACUGGAUCAGUGAACCUAUUCCAACAUUCUGUUUCUUUGAAAUAUCUUUUCUUUUGCUAUUUGCCUAUUUGAUCAGCUUCACUAAUCCUAAGCAUUUAGAGUUUUUUUUGCUCAGCUCAUUUUUCUGGGAAGUGUAAAGAACAGAUCAUACUAUAUGUAUAAGACUCCAAACUCUUCUCUCCCUAGUCCCUAUAAAUUCUGCUUCUACUUGCUGUGGCAAGACCUUCCUUUUCGAUCUACUGCUGAGCUCCCUCCAACAUGGUUGCCGGCUUAUCCAGAGAUUUACAUUACUUCGAUAUAUCUUUUAAUGAAGCAACGAAAAAAGUGAAGGUCCUCAUCAUUGAGCAAAGGAAAAUCUAUCGUAGAAGUCGCGUCCCUCACCCAAAUUCCAAGAGUUCUUUUCUCAUCAGUCAGCCGGUCUUGUAGUCUAGCCAUUGCUCUUUUAACAUAUGCAGGCAAGAUAUAGGGAUAGCUGAGACAUUUUUGAUAGGCUUGCAGGGUAGGUUUGACAUUAUACAAGGCCAAUUCAGCCUCUUUGAUCCCCUGGAGCUUUUCACUCAUUCUGAUUGGUAUCCAAAUAGAACUUGUAUGAUUUAGCCAAAUCUGUCUCGGCUUCUCUGCAUUGUAGGCAGCUGCAGAUGGAUACUCAUUCUGAUCGGUAUUCAAAGUAAUGUAAUAUCCUUGGAUAUGCUGGCAACCAUAUGGGAUGGAGCUCGACAAGAGCUUGAAAAGGAUGGUCGCGCCAAGCAGAAUUAAUAGGGAGAUAUGAU